GGGGCUGAGUCUAAUUUAAUUGCCAAAAUGCCUUGGUCACAUAGUAUCACCGCACUACUACUGUCGUUUUGAGGUGUCUGUGCUAGUGUCGUUUCAUAAAUUCGUUGUCGUUUAAGUCUUAACUGAGAUUUGAGAUCUGUGUUCUUCUUCAUCAGAGUCGCAGAAAUCCUUCCAAUGCCACUCUCAGAUGCAACUUCUUCACUCCCAAACGAACCCUAACGCAAAUGGUGGGACCGAAAAGACACUUCCUUCCACUGAUCUUAAUCUCCGUUACCGCCUUCAUCUUCUACACAUUCCACCAGUCUUCACUGCCACCACCUUCCGCCCCCGAACUCAACCCCAAUUUCACCCUCCAAAACCCAAUUCGGAAAAACCCUAACCCUAACUUCACCUUCAUCAUCAAAGUCCUCGCCUUUAAUCGCCUCGACUCCCUCUCCCGCUGCCUCCGCUCACUCUCCUCCGCCGAUUACCUCGGCGACCGCGUCCACCUCCACAUCUACAUUGACCAUUUUGCCAAUGGAUCAUCGGAGAUUGAUGAGAAGCUUAGAGAAUCGCACCGGAUUUUGGAGUUCGUCGAUUCGUUCGAUUGGAAAUUUGGGGAAAAAGUUGUGCUUUACAGGACCCUGAAUGCUGGCUUGCAGGCGCAGUGGCUGGAAGCGUGGUGGCCAAGCAACGAUGACGAGUUUGCGUUCGUUGUGGAGGAUGAUUUGGAGGUUUCUUCACUCUAUUACGAGUUCGUGAAAGGAGUGAUCAUGAAUUUCUAUUACAAUGCCUCCAAUUAUAGCCCUUCCAUCUAUGGUGUAUCGUUGCAAAGAGCAAGGUUUGUCCCAGGUAAACAUGGAAACAAAUUACAGUUAGAUGACCAGACACGACUAUUUUUAUACCAACUGGUUGGGACUUGGGGUCAAAUUCUCUUUCCAAAGCCUUGGAAAGAGUUCAGGUUGUGGUACGAUGGAAACAAGGCAAAGGGAAUUAGGCCCUUUCUUGAGGGAAUGGUGACUACAGGAUGGUAUAAGAAGAUGGGGGAGAAAAUUUGGACACCUUGGUUCAUUAAAUUUAUUCAAUCCCGUGGUUACUUUAAUAUCUACCAGAACUUUCUGCAUGAGAGAGCAUUAAGUGUUUCCCACAGAGAUGCAGGAGUAAACUAUGGAAAAAGUGCUGGACCUGAUUCUCAAUUAAUUGAGGAAAGAUCACUGGACUUCAAUCUUUUGGAAAUGCAGCCUCUGAGCAGUUUAAAAUGGUACGAUUUUUGUUUCAAAGAAGUACUUCCCAGCAAGGUGGUGACAAACAUGGAAGAACUUGGAUCUAUGCUUCACUCUCUACCGAAACAAGAUAGUAUCGUUGUAGUUAAUAUUGUUGGGGUAUCAGAUGCAGUAGCUAGAAACUUAUUAUGUCACUUUGAGAGGCUAGAUAUCAGGAAUUAUAUAUUUAUGGGCCCUCCAUCUGACUUCUUGUUUGAUCUUGCAAGGAGGGGGCAUCCUGUAGUUGAUAUGGACCAAUUUCUAAGUAGCGUUGGAGUGUAUAAAUCGACUUCCAAAGGUCCAAAUUCUGUUGCCAUCAAGAGUAUUUUGGCAAAGGCUUAUGUAAUUAGAAAGUGUAUCCAUAAUAGGUAUAACACAUGGGUGAUCAAUGGAAACAUGCUUCUCAAUUCUAACCUCUUGUCCGAAUCCAGUGAUCUCAAUAAGGACUUCUUUGUUGCAAACAACUUGGAUUUCUUCUAUGCUAAAAGCUCAUCUUCGAGUGAGAAAGUUUGGAGUAAUGACUUCGUGUCGAAGGUUGUAGCUAUGGCAAACUCAUUGGCAAGAAAAAAUGAUGGUAUAAGGUUUGUAUAUGUGGUAAAAAAAUUAUUGGAAGAGAGUGGUGCUAUGAUUGGAAGAGUUGAUGAGACUACCUUUGGAAUGAAGAUUUGUUCUGAUGAAGUUGGCAAAUCUUCUUUUGAGGAUAAAAAGUUGGUACAUUGGUCAACUGUGAUGGAACUAGAAUCCGUUCAAAAAUGUCUUGAAGAGUUGAAUUUAUGGAGUAUAGACAGUGAUUUAUCCUGCACAGCAGUGGUAUGUCACAAGUCAUAGCAUUUUGUGGCAGAUAGAAGUAGAUUUACAUUUACAUUUUAUCUUUUUCUAUACUUUUUUAAUGCCAGUUUGGCUUACACAUUCUUUUGCUCAUUUUGUAUCAUCACUUGUAACAAAAUUAAGCUGUGAAUGAGUUUAGAUGUGUUGGAAUUAAUUUCCUGAGCUGCAUUUUGUCAUUUUGUGUAGUAGUAACCUCUCAAUGAACAGAGUUCUUUGUAUACAAGGUUUACCUUUCAUCACAGUCAUUCAUGUUUCCUAGUUUCCUAUGCUAAUUUAGGAUUUGGAGGAUUCAUGUGUGUUGUGUCGCUGUAAAACAAAGACUACCACGUAACUAAGCUCUGUAUUUAAACAGGGAUGAAUAUAAUGAACUUGCCAAUAUGAUGAA